GAAUAUUUCACGUAGAUGCGGGUUCACCGCGUCCCUCCAAAACUAGCGGAUGGAGCGAACCCAGUUUUCUCCGCCGGGAGCGCCGUGUCCUCCGUCUUCUCCACGCGGGCGGAGGAGGGCGCGUGGAUCCGGCGGCGGCGGGGCUGCCCCGCGGCGGCGGGCUUGCAGAGGGAGGAUGCCGGCAAUCGUGCGAGACCUCCAUUCCAAACCAAACACGAGAGCUAUAGCGUCCGGCAAGUGAUUAGAGACUCGCUUCAUCUUCAACAACCAGCAAGCAGGCAAGGCAAGAGAAAAAGCAAGCAAGCAAAGAUGUGCGGUGGUGCGAUCCUCGCCGAGCUCAUAUCGAGCAAGCCGGCGCGCCGCGUCACGCCGGGCCACCUCUGGCCCGCGGCCAAGCAGCAGAGGGCCGACGACUUCGAGGCCGCGUUCCGGGAGUUCGACGGGGACUCCAACGAGGUGCAGAGCAAGCCGCUCGGGUUCAACGCUUCCUCCGCCGGCACCGCGACCAGGAAGCUGAGGAGGCAGCAGGAGCUGCUGGCCGCGCCGGCGCCGAGCAGGCGCCGCAAGGCGGCGCAGUACAAGGGCGUCCGGCGCCGCCCGUGGGGCAAGUGGGCCGCCGAGAUCCGCGACCCCGUCAAGGGCGUGCACGUCUGGCUCGGCACCUUCUCCUCCGCCGAGGCGUCCGCAGUCGCCUACGACGCCGCCGCGCGCGACAUCCGCGGGCCCAGGGCCAAGCUCAACUUCCCCUCGCCCGCCGACGCCGCUCCUGCCGCCGGGCGCAAGCGCGCCCGCGCCGCCGAGUUCGUUGACCUCGUCGCCGAUGAAGAGGACGGCCAGCAACGCUGCGCGGCGUCCGGCGUCAAACACGAGAGCGAGACCUCCGAGUCCGGCGGCGCCCUCCCGGACUUCUCUUGGCAGGUCGUGUCGGCGUACGACGAGGCCCCCGCCCCGGUGGCCGUCGAGGCCGAGGACCAGAGCCCACUAACGGAGUGAGUGUUGCCAUCCAACUCGUAUUCUCAAUUCCCUCGACCAAACAGGUGGACUCCGUCCCCAAAAUCAGAGAUGCAACCAAACAAUAAAUGGGUUGGCUCCGUUCUCGAAAUGAGGGUUGGAUCCAACCCAACCCACUAAUCCCGCAACCAAACACUCGGUUGUUUACUCGCGUCCACUCCUCUACGGAAACGGGGUUUUUAUUGGGAGGAGGAUCACUGUUGGAGUGUCCGUGGGAGACGGCCAGCGAUUUAAAUUUUAUUUAUCUCGUUUUCUAAUUU